AUGAAAGAGAAUCAUCUCUUGAUUUUCACGCUGCUCGCGGUCGGACUGGGGCUCGGCGGCGGCCUGCUCCUCCGUCGAAUCGAACUUUCUGAUGAUGCUCGUAACCUGAUCGGAUUCCCGGGCGAAAUAUUCAUGCAAGUGCUCAAGUUGAUGAUCCUCCCACUCAUAUUCUCUUCCUUGAUCUCAUGUGAGUUCAAGUUCCGGUGUUCCUGCCUAGAAAACUUUGUCUCUGCAGCUCUCGGUCAGAUGGACGCAGAAAGAUCAGGAAAAAUGGGCCUCCUCGCUGUGUUCUACUAUCUGACUACUGUACUCAUCGCCUGCUUGAUCGCCGUCUCCGUGGUCCUUCUCCUUCAUCCCGGGAAUCCAGAAGUGAAGAACAAAAGCGUCGCCGAUACGACUAACGGGACGAAUCUCUCCGCACUUGACUCGAUUCUCGACCUCAUUAGGAAUAUGUUCCCCCAAAACAUUGUGGAGGCAACAAUGAAACGAUCUCAGACGGCGUUUGUAGUCGCCAAAAAGAAUGUGCAUAGGAACGGGACAACAAACGGAACGGAACCAGUGAUUGUGAAGAAGAUGGUUCUAUUGAGUGCGGGAACCAAUAUACUAGGUCAGUUUUGUGUACAUUUUUGUACUAUUUUACGAUAAUGAUUUCUUCUUUAAUUACCUCCAAAACAACGAUCUUAUACAAGAUGAAUACAUAAAAGGCUAGAAUAGAAUUGUUGCGAAAUGAAACGGUGCGGGCGGAACCGAGAUUGGGUGGCGAUCAAUGGGCCCGCCUCUGCUGCACACGUCGCGGUUGCAUUCCACCUUUUCCCGCCGCUGCUCCUGGGAAUCCUCCCCCUAGCGUCUUCCAGUGUCUUAAUUAUAAUACCCUCGAGUAUCCUUCUCGUCGUUGUAUUCCGUCCGUCCUAUCGUUAGAAUCUCAAGAUUUAGCUCCAGCGGUUCUCCUCCAUGCUGCUCCAGUGAGUGCUUCGAACAAACCGAGGUCAUGUAGGAUUUGGUUCUCAGUUCUUCCGCUGCUCUCGCGUGUUCGUUUGAACCUUUCGAACAGCGGAAGUCCGGUUUCUCCCACGUAGUCCUCACCACAUGCACACUUUAUUUUUGUACUUCUAACUGUUUUCAGGUCUGAUCGUAUUCUGCACGGGAUUCGGCAUCGUGAUCUCUAAACUAGGAGAGAAAGGAAGAUUCAUCGUCGAAUUCUUUAUCGUUCUCGAUAAAGUUGUGAUGAAGUUCGUCUCCGUGCUCAUGUGGUUCGCUCCCGUUGGAAUAAUCAGUCUGAUCGCUUCCAGUAUUUUGGACAUUGAUGACAUUUCCAAGAUGAUCACAACAAUGGCUUUGUACUGGUUUCACUGUUCUCAGGAAUCGUAGAAUAACUCCUUUCAGGUACGUGUUCACUGUGAUGGUCUGCCUCUUUCUGCACUGUAUUGUUGUUAUUCCGCUCCUCUUCUUUUUCUUGACUCGAAAGAAUCCGUUGUACGUGGCAAAAGGCAUGCUUCAACCAUUCGUGACUGCUGUCGGAACGGCUUCCAGGUGAGCACUUUCAACCCGAAACGAGAUCUUUCGUAUUCUCAGCGGAGCAUCGUUGCCACAAGCGAUCAACAGUGUGGAAACGAAUCUCCACGUGGAUUCAAGGAUUGCUGGCUUCAUAAUGCCCCUCGGAAACACUAUUAAUAUGGCAGGAAUUCCACUUGCCCUUCCUCAAAUGUCUCUUCCUUUUAUAGGACGGAAAUGCUCUUUACGAAGCUGUCGCCGUCAUUUUCAUCGCGCAGCUCAACAACGUCACUCUCUCGUUUGCUGAAAUCAUCACUAUCUGGUAUGUGGAACAUUCUGCCCUUUCCCUCUUUUCUAAAAAUUCCGUUCUUUAGCGUCACUGCCACGUUCGCGUCAAUCGGUUUGAACGCGGUCCCGACGGGUCUCGUCUCGAUGUUCGUCAUCCUUUCGGCCGUCGGAUUGCCCGUGUCAGACAUCUCUCUGCUGUUCACCGUCGAUUGGUUCAUGUCCGUUCGAAAAUAGAAUACUCACUCCCAAUGGACGCAUUUCAGAGAUCGCAUCCGAACUGCUCUCAAUGUGAUGGGGGAUGCGUACUGUGCUUGUGUCGUUCAGCAUUUUAUACAGGUGGGAUCGUAGAUUCAUUCACACCGCGUGAAUGCACGAAUUCAGAGUGAUCUUUCACGUGGACAACACUCGGUUCUGGAUGAGCUGAAGAUUGAAGAGGGCGACUCAGAAGAGGGGGAUCGCCCGGCUAAUCUGCCGCAGAGCAUGCCAGUCAAAAAAGUGCAGUCUCCGUCCUUUCCCGAUUUAUCUUCUCUUUUGCAGGUCUCGUUCGUCGACUACCAUCACAUUCCGUCUCCGACCGUGCCGCCCGUCUUCAAUUCCAACAGAACGUACUCUCUAAAGUCGGCCAUAAUUGGACCACUGCGUGCUCACGUAGCUCUCCAAGCACGGCUUUCUCAGUUGUCUGAAGAAUAA